UUUCCCGGCUUCCUCUGCGGUGUUCCCACGCCAACGCUCCGGGUGUUUUGCUGAGAUCUAAGCGGCCUCACCGCCUCAGCAAGCGACCGAGGCAAUGGCAGCCCAGAAGAUAAACGAGGGACUGGAGCAUCUGGCCAAGGCAGAGAAAUACCUGAAAACUGGUUUUUUGAAGUGGAAGCCGGAUUAUGACAGCGCUGCUUCUGAAUAUGGAAAAGCAGCUGUUGCUUUUAAAAAUGCCAAACAAUUUGAGCAAGCCAAAGAUGCCUGCCUACGGGAAGCUGUUGCCCAUGAAAAUAACAGGGCUCUUUUUCAUGCUGCCAAAGCUUAUGAGCAAGCUGGCAUGAUGUUGAAGGAGAUGCAGAAGCUGCCUGAGGCCGUGCAGCUGAUGGAGAAAGCCAGUGUGAUGUACCUGGAGAACGGCACCCCUGAUACUGCAGCCAUGGCCUUGGAGCGAGCUGGAAAGCUCAUAGAAAACGUAGAUCCAGAGAAGGCUGUACAGUUGUAUCAGCAGACUGCGAGUGUGUUUGAGAAUGAGGAGCGCCUCCGACAGGCAGUUGAACUCCUAGGAAAGGCCUCCAGACUGCUGGUACGAGGACGGAGGUUUGAUGAAGCUGCACUGUCUAUUCAGAAAGAAAAAAAUAUUUAUAAGGAAAUUGAGAACUACCCAACUUGUUAUAAGAAAACAAUUGCUCAGGUCUUAGUUCACCUGCACAGAAAUGACUAUGUGGCUGCAGAGAGGUGUGUCAGGGAGAGCUACAGCAUACCCGGGUUUAACGGCAGUGAGGACUGCGCAGCACUGGAGCAGCUCCUGGAGGGAUAUGACCAGCAAGACCAAGACCAAGUCUCCGAGGUCUGCAACUCGCCCCUUUUCAAGUACAUGGACAAUGACUAUGCUAAGCUGGGCCUAAGCUUGGUGGUCCCAGGAGGAGGAAUCAAGAAAAAAUCCCCAGCAACACCCCAGGGCAAGCCUGAUGGUGCUGCCAGCGCAGCCGCUGAAGAGGAGGAAGACGAGUACUCAGGAGGCCUGUGCUAGUACCUGCCUACCUUGAUGAGCAGAUGGGAGUGCUGACAAGCCAUCCUCAUGGGGUUAGGACUCAUUUUGUGGGCGUCUCUGCUUCACUGAAAUUCUGAUGUCGAAUGUUAAUAUAUAUGAAGUUAUAGUUUGCCAUUUCCCCAAACCAGCCAUUGUAUCUACUACCUGUGAAGCGUUCUUUCCUUUCCAUUGUAAGCAGAAAACACUGUCAUAUUUUAAUAAUUGAUUUUAAAUGUAUAGGUCAAAUUCCAGAAAAAUUAUAUCAUAAGCAAAGCAGGAAAUAGGUGUACUCAGUCUUUUCUCUGGGGUUCCUGUAAUUUAUUGUUAGGUAGGUUUCUUUGCAUUUUAUUUAAUGUUACUUCUCAGCAUUCUGGGAUUUUGGUAAAAAUAAUCAUUUCAAACUGGUCUGUCUCUUUCCACCAUCUUUCCAUGUUGUCACUUGGUGCCCACACAUGUCCUGGCUAAGAGUGUCAACAAUGCUAAAAAGAGAGGCAGACAGCAGGUCCUCAGCAGACGCUCCUCCCAGAGUCAUCAUCUAGUCUGACUAGAUGUCUGACUGUGGAGAUGGCGCAUGGUUACACCAUUGAUGUGACCAUUGAUGAUCACAGAGGGUGACAUGUCACCCUCCCAGGCUGUUUACAUGCGUGUGGAGUAUCAGGCCCAGAUCAAAUGUGCUGCUCAGUGACCUAGAAAUGGCACCGUCCGCUCUUCCAUCCUGCCUGCUCACUUGCAUUGUCCCCAGCCUUGCUGCCGUCGUGGACGCAUCAUAGACCAUGAAGAAGCAGAACAAGAACACAGGAGGGGAACCCGGGGACUCCUUCCAGGGAUGUAAAACGUACGUGAGCAGCACACUUCAGUGGAGGGAGGCCUCGUCUCAAGUUGUCAUCAUAUCAGAUACAUUCAAAUUACUGAGUCUUUUCAGAUUCACACUGGGACAAAAGCUUUAUUUAUUUAGCUUAAUAGCUCCUACAUGUGACUGUAGAGUACGGAAGGAAACUUAUUAAAGCGCUGUUGUAAAUGUCCUCAGCCCUCCCUGAAGUAGUGCUAUUUCUUGUUUCUUAACAACAAAAACUAUGACUGUUCAAGCCUACUUGGCUCUUGACCAAAAUGGGACUAGGUAAGACCAUUUAUAUUCAUCUAGAAUGACAGGUAAUGUCCCUGCCAAUCUAGUAUGCAUGCACUUCUUACCUUCAAAAUAAUUUUGGUUUGGAGUUAAUACUUUAACGUGAGUUGUGCUAGAUACUACAAAAAAUAUUAGCCCAGAGGGAAAACAGUGGUUUUCAAAGACAUACCUUUGGGGCGGGGUUACCUCUUUCCUACCUCGUAGAUCUCCCGUGGCUAUUUCCGAAAAGUUAGUUUUGAAGCAUUUCUCUUUUUGCCCUAUAUGGCUAAGACCCAUUCAUGAUUCGUGAACUGACGAGGUUACAAGCAGCAGCAGUGUGUGCUAGGAAGUGGUGCUGACCGGAAUAGGGCUGUCGCCAUGCUCCACCAUGGGUAAAGUAUGCUUGGUCUUUAGGUAAAGUGUUGUUCUGGUGCUGGUCCCAGUGUUGUGGAAGUGCUCCUACAGACUAGCAUCUGCCAGGUGUACUUGAGUGGCUGGAUGUCACUGAACAAUCCCUGCACAGACUGCAGGUCUGAUACCAAACACUAAUAUAAGUUUAUGCUUCCCCCUAAGUUACCUGCAUAGUUCUUCAGGUCACCAGCUCAUUCUCUUUAAUUGCAUUGAGAUUAUGAAUAAAGCUGUCUUCUGAGUUUUUAUUUAAGAAGGAGAUUGGUGUUUCCAAGAUCAAUAUUGUAUUUACCUUUAGAUCUGACCAGAAAUAUUGGUGCUGGUUUGAGUUAAUUAGCAGACUUUUAAAAUAUAUGUGGCAGUACUCAAAAGUUACCUUAGACUGUUUUAUGGCCCAGGUUAUUCAAUAAAACCUUGUAGGAGUUCAAUUUUACUCGUAUACACCCAUAAACACAAAAGCAAUUAUCAGUGCAUUGGGGAGCAGCAGUGAGCUGGGUUUUCAAGAGCAGAGGUAUUUAGACAGUGUGUGCCUCCCGCCACCUCCAGUAGGAGCCAGCAUGCAGGGUGUGGAGCUCAGUGUUUUCUGUCAGGGUUAUUCUGUGUGCUGUCUCAGAAGGAGCAUUUGUUCCUCAUGUAUACAUUUUAUUUUUCUACUUGCAUUAAGUCUUUGUUCUUGUGAGCUUAGAAAUGGAAAUCGUAGUCUUUACUGCAAGCAGAACUCUAGCCCGUCCCCGUGAAAGUGAAAGUCUGCAUGAGUAUGCUCACAAUCACCUAGCGUUUAGUGCUGUCCAUAGUGAGUAAAGCCAGACAACAGAGCAUUUAAUAUAUUGAGUUUGUAAAUAUACAGAGUAUUGUAUUUGUGUAUGGAAUCUGCAUUAUCAUAUUUUUUCAGCUUUUUGGUGAAUAAAAUAUUAAUGUCAUUAAUGGAAAUUAGAUGAUUGCUUCUGAAGGAAGAUAAUUAUGAAAAUAAAAUCUAAAACUAUG